AUGGAUGCGACAAAAUUCAUUGUCGCCAACGUCGUGGUUGCAAACCUAAUUAAGGCGGGCGUAAAUUACUUCUCACAGCACGAAGAUGUCGAGGUAUCUCACUUAUCAGUUAAACCUGAAGAAAACCCUUCACCAGAAUUGUAUUCGCCACCUGUACCAGAACCCUCAUGGUUUUUACCAUACAUCCUGGCUUUGCAAAUCAGUGUAUUUUGUCUUUUUUUCCAAACUCUCAGGAAAUAUGACCUACCUAGCAGCAGGGCACGCAAAGUUCUCAUUGGGCUGAUUUGGUCGGAUUUAUUAUUUACCAUAACCGAUGUGCUUCAUUUUACGCUCUAUUCCAACUAUGGAAUUGACGUUUUCGGUCCUGUCUCGAACGGCUACUGCGAGGUAUUUUCGUGCGCAAUGGACAUUUUGCAGCACCUGAGUGUUGGUCUUCACCUGUUUCUCUGUGGAGAUGUUUCUGGAAUGCUACCACCUUCCUUAAAAUCGCCACUUUGCGUAGGUUUAAUAGGCAGCUUGGUAGCCAAUGCAAUGUUUUCUACGAUGUCCUAUGAAUACCCUGAAGGGGCAGCCAAGGCUCCUAGCUGCACGAUCUAUCGUAAUCUCAUUAUUGACUCGAGUUAUGCUCAAAGACUAAGCUCUUUGCACCUUCUUCCUUGCAUUGGUCUUGCGGUUAUUUUCAUCCACCAAAGAGCUUCUAAGCUUAUGCGAAGUGGACGCCAGGAAAAAUUACCGAAUGAGAAGGGUGAUGAGGAGAUGUACGUGCUAAAUGUUAAGAAAUUCACUCUGCGUACGAUGAUUUGUCACUACGCCAUUAGCGCUCUAUACUUCUUUAUUACGAUCGGAAUAAAAAUCAAGCACCCUAGACUGAUAGAAGCUAUCAGCCAGUUCGACACGCCGGAGAACAUGCUGAGGAAGUUUGCUUACCUUCAUCAGGUCGCAAACACUCUCUGUCUGUUUGCAUGCCUUAAUCUCGAAGCCACGAACUCGGAACAAGAGCUAAUGGAAGAAUUCGGUGAUAUUGACGACCUUAAUCCCCAGCAACACCAAUCCCACCAGCAUCAACUUCCUGUCGAUGGAGACGAAAGCGAACAUGUCUGA